AUGAGUUGGAAACUUGGUGUUAAAAGUGAUGAAAAACCUAGAUAUAUUAUCGUUGGAUUCCAAACAAAUAAAGAUAAUGAUCAAACACAAAAUGCUUCAAUAUUUGAUCAUUGUAACUUAACAAAUAUGCAAGUUGUGAUUAAUAAUAUAAGAUUUCCUGAAGCUGAUUAUGAACUAUCAUUUCCAAAUCAACAAGUUUCAAGAGCUUAUACAGAUUUAUCUAACUUUAAAGAAAAUUUUUGUGGAAUAGAUAAAAUCAUUUCAAAUUGUAACAUAACACCUUCAGACUAUAGAGAUUUAUAUCCACUUAUGGUUUUCGAUUUAAGACAUCAAUCAGAAAGAUUAAAGCCUUCAGUAUCAGAUAUUCAGAUUAAAGCAAACUUUAGUGAAAAUGUUCCAGACGGAACUGAAGCAUUUGCUGUUAUUGUGUCAGAGAGAUUAGGUAGACUAAAGUCUAAUGGAGAUGGAUUUAACUUUGAAUAUUAG